AUGCAGGCAUCAAACGCCAAGGGCAGUCACAAAAGGAACCUCAGCAAUGGGACACCAGAUAACUCUCCAUUGAGACGAUCCAAACGACAAAGGUCCACCGCCAAUCUUAAGGAGGCAUCAUCCGGUGAAGAAUCAGAACCGGAAGACAGGGUAGUGCCCACGCCGAAGAAAGCUUCCAGCGCCAAGUCAACACCCAAGGCUACCAAGUCUAAGAAGACCCAGGUUGCAUCAUCAGUCAAGAAAGAGGCUACCGAAGAAACGGAGGUUGUUUCCAGCAUCACUGCUAGCGAGAUUACAUCCGUGGUCAAGACUGAAGUAGCUUCAACGGUUCAAACGAAACCCAAAAAGGCCCGAAAGACCAAGGAAGAGAGGGAAGCCGAAGCAAUGCCUCUAGCACCUCGGUCCCAGGGGCUGAAGAUGUUUGUUGGUGCUCAUGUCAGCGCUGCCAAGGGUUUAUUCAACUCAAUCACAAAUAGUACGCAAAUUGGAGGUAACGCGUUCGCGCUCUUUCUCAAGUCACAGAGGAAAUGGGACAACCCACCUCUGCAGGAUAAUAUCCGGGAUCAGUUCCGCAAGAUGUGCGCAGAGCAGAACUAUGAUGCAGCCAAACACGUUCUCCCUCACGGGUCGUAUCUUGUCAACCUAGCCCAGAAUGACAAGGCAAAGGCCAAACAAGCAUACGACUCGUUCCUAGACGACCUCCGUCGAUGCGAAGCCCUCGGCAUCAAACUCUACAACUUCCAGUUCGUCCCUCUCCCAAUCCACCCCUCAACCCCCCAAUCCCAUGCUAAACACCCCUCCAGCCCAGGAAGCACCAACCAAACCCCACUUCCAGAAGCCCUCGCCCGUCUAGCAGACUCCCUAACCAAAGCAAUCACCGAAACAACCACCGUAAUCCCAGUCCUCGAAACAAUGUGCGGCCACGGCAACACAAUAGGCGGCUCUCUCUCCGAAUUCCGCGACUUAAUCGCCCUAAUUCCCAAAGAGCACCACCCCCGCAUCGGCAUCUGCAUCGACACAUGCCACAGCUUCGCAGCAGGCUACGACCUCGUCACUCCCGCAGGCUUCAAAGCCUUCCUAUCUGAAUUCGACGACCUAAUAGGUCUCCAGUUCCUCCGCGCCCUGCACCUAAACGACUCCAAAGCUCCGCGCGGUAGCAAACGCGAUCUCCACGCUAACAUAGGCACGGGCUUCCUGGGUCUCCGCGCGUUCCACAACGUCAUGAACGAGCCUCGUUUAGAGGGGUUGCCCAUGGUCCUGGAAACGCCUAUUGACCGUGUCCCCGGGCAAACCACUUCCUCCGCCGCAGACGACGACGCGGAUAGUUGUGCGAGCGAGUCGGAGAAGAAGGAAAAGAAAAAGCCAGUGAAGAAGGGUGCGAAACGUCCGGCUGGUGCUUCUCCGGCAACGGUUCCUGAUCCCGGCGUGUGGGCUCGCGAGAUUAAGUUGCUGGAGUCGUUGAUUGGGAUGGAUCCGGAAGGAGAGGAGUUUUUGGCUUUGGAGGCGAGACUUGCGGAGGAGGGGAGGGAAAUGAGGGAGAAGCAGAUGGAGCAGUAUGAGCGGAAGAUAGAGAGUGAGAAGAAGAAGGAGGCUAAGGCGAAGGAGAAGGGGCAGAAGAGUCUUAUGGAUAUGAUUAAGAAGGGUAAGGUGGAAUAG